AUGGUGCUGAUGCGGGCGCUGGAGACAGGGGGUGGUCUAGUGGGUCUGGGCAGGUGUGAUGUAGUUAAUGGAGAUGGGCUGUGUUCUCGUGGGUCUGGGCAGGGGGAUGUUACAGUAAAAGGAGAGGAGGAUGUUACUGUAAAAGAAGAGGGGGAUGUUACUGUAAAAGGAGAGGAGGAUUCCGUUUUUGGAGUGAAAUCCCUGAUUAAUACUAGAGAGAGAAGUGACUAUCCUGGAUCCUCUGGGGAGCCUCAACAACCUCAUGAUGCUGAUGACGCAGAGAAGAGUCUCUCCAGAUCAAAACACCCCAAGAAACACCAGCAGAGACCCACAGGGAAUAGAACUCACUGCUGCUCUGACUGUGGGAAGAGUUUUGUUUCUUCAGGACAUUUAAAAGCACACCAGAGAAUACACACGGGAGAGAAACCUUAUAGCUGUGCUCAAUGUGGGAAGAGUUUUACGAUGUCUAGCAAGCUGACACGACACUAUAGAACACACACAGGAGAGAAACCAUAUAGCUGUGAUGAAUGUGGAAAGAGUUUUGUCACAUCUAGCAGUCUGAUUAGCCACCGGAGAGCACACACAGGAGAGAAACCUUUUAUCUGUACUCAAUGUGGGAAGAGUUUUACUCAGUCAACCAGCCUGAUAUCACAUCAAAGAACACACACAGGAGAGAAACCUUAUAGCUGUGCUCAAUGUGGGAAGAGUUUUACUCAUUCAACUGGCCUGAUAUCACACCAGAGAACACACACAGGAGAGAAACCUUAUAGCUGUACUCAGUGUGGGAAGAGUUUUACUCGUUCAACCGGCCUUAUAUCACACCAGAGAACACAUACAGGAGAGAAACCAUAUGGCUGUGUUCAAUGUGGGAAGAAGUUUUCUCAGUCAACCAGCCUGAUAUCACAUCAGAGAACACACACAGGAGAGAAACCUUAUAGCUGUGCUCAAUGUGGGAAGAGUUAUAUUACGUCUAGCAAGCGGACUAAACACCAGAGAACACACACAGGAGAGAAACCUUAUAGCUGUGCUCAAUGUGGGAAGAGUUAUACUACGUCUAGCAAGCGGACGAAACACCAGAAAAAACACACAGGAGAGAAAUCUCAGCUGUGAUCAGUGUGUGACCUUGAUAAAAUACCUCUGAUCAAACAUCCGAAAAUACAUACAUGAAGGAGAUGUUUCAUGAUAUCAAUGAAUUUAUGUCACAAUGUACAAUGUUUUAACAUUGUAGAAGGAGUAUUUUAAUAAUGUCACAAUGUUGAACCCUAAAUGUUUGCCCCCUGUUCUAUUGAUUUCAACUUGAUGGGGAUAUUAGCUUCACGGAAAAAUUCAGGCUCUGAUUUGAAAGAGUACUAUUUAUGUGAUUUAACAAAAAUUGACUAACAAAAAAAGAGUUGAGUUACACUUACCAACGUACACUUGAAACAAAAAGCAACACUUCAAAAUGUAGCGAGCUUUUUUCUACAAAUUGUCCUCUAAGCAAGGAUGUACACAUUAUUCCGAGAUACCGUGUGGUUUUUGAGCUGUUAGUUUUAACAGGACGUGCAACCUCAUCCUCUCCCAUACUUGAUUUCAACAUGAUAUCAAUGAGUUAUGACAAAUAAGUGUUGUGUUCAUUUGUUUAGCGACCCCUAAAUUUAAAUGCAUCACUCUAAAAUGUAGCUGACUGUCUUCUGCAGGUUAUCCUCUCAUCGGCGAGGUAAAAGAUAUCUCCACUUUCCAUGUGUUUUUGUGUGUGUUAGGUUGUACGUGCUGUUGAAACUAUCCCCCCCCCAAUCGAUAUCAGUGAUUUAUUGCGACUUGUCGAAACAUCAGCGUUUCUGUUGCUUUGUUUAUAAAGUGCUUGUUUUAUAAAAUGCAUAAUUAUUUAUGUAACCAACUGACAUUUUUGGGGGGCUACAAUUAUAUUGACAUUGUUAUCCUGCUUUUAGAAUAUCAGGGUUCAUUCUCAGAUGUGCCAAACCAAAUGUACUAGAGCAUGACAGAAGAAAGAGAAAGAGAGAAAGAAAAAUCUUUGUGAGAAUAAUAAAAAUAAAUAUUGUUUUGAAUUGUUGUUUGCCAGUAGACACUAUGUUUAUAUUGGUGAAGGUGAAGCAUUGUUGUUGAUUAUAAUGUGAAAUGGAAGUUGUUUUCUGUUGUUGGUGAACAUUCUCUUAAGGUGUUCAUCUUUGGUUUUUCCAGUUAUGUUUUGAGGUUGGACUUCAGCACGUCUUGCUUGUUCGCACGUAGGACGCACUGAUUGGUGUCACCUUGUUAGUCAGUAUGUGUUACACCUGUGCUGGCUUGUCCAUCUCGUUACUGGGAAGGUGUUUCACCUGAGCUGGUUCAGGUUCGAUUAAAGAGUGUCUGGCCCAGUGCUCCAGUUGUCUUGAUAGAUGUGGAGAGUCAACAACUUCAGUUGCU